AUGGCUCACUUGGUUUCUAAUCGUGUGUUUGUCGACACAGUGGUGAAAGAUGUGACAGAGUUCGUCUCACAAUCAGGAGUACUGUGCAAGCCUGAAAUCAUUUCCGACGAGGAUCAAUAUCGUCCCGAUAGCCCUCUGCUCAUGGAGAUUGAGUCUGAUCUUCAGAAAAAAGGAUAUUAUGAGGCACUUCAAGAUUUAUUAAGCAGAGUUCUGGAUCUUGUUAUCUCGGUUCCUGUCGUCUUCAUAAGGACUAUUCCUCAUCAAAGGCAAACUACAUACCUUCGUCAAGUUGUUCGUUGCAAAGUUCUCCUGUGUACAGUCCGCCGUCAAGCGGUACUGGAAGUCCUUCUUCGCCCGUACUCGAGUCGAAGUUGUCUCAGCGACUUGGACUCACCCGAUACUGAUGAAGUGAAACUGGGAGGAACGAACGUUGAUGAUGGUUGCGAACGUACGAAUGCAGUGCUGUCGUAUCUUUCACUCAUUCGCUCUCCGGACUAUCGUAUUGGCCGAAUCCUCCGUCGUUUGGCUAGCUGUAGACUAUUCAUAGACUCUUUGCUAUCAAUGCAGUUCCAUAUGCGGGUCUUUUAUGCACUUUGUACUCCUCCUUGCAGAGUGGUACGGUACGCUAAACGUUGUGCUCGAUGCGAAAGAGCGGCAGAUUUUGGAAGAGAAAUACUCAAAGUAUUCAGCGCCCAUGUAGAUAGUGAUUUCGGUGAUUCAUUCCUUAUUAAACGACUGUCCAGUGACGACUUCACCACACGCAUUGUUGCCGGAAUAGCAAAAAUAGUCCUAAUCAGGGACCGUUUUCGACUCGGCCGAAUGUCAUAUGGUCGACUAACGGCUCUUGAACUUUUAUUUGAGUCCCUUCAUUCACUUCUAACUGGAGAAAAUUUUCACGAGAUUUGCGAACAGCCUACAUACAAAGGAGGCCCCCCUGUUUGUGCUCAAAUAGUGGCAGCAAUGUCAACGCUUAUCGCUCCUCAGCGGUUACGCAUAAGCGAUAAAGUUUUCGAACUAGAUCAGUCCCUUGAGGAAGUGCCAUUCGAGUCUUUUGAAUAUAGUGGAGAUGUUUCGAUAUGGCUCGAGUACUGCUGA